CGUGACUUAUCUUUACGUACUUCAACACGAUUGACCUCCAGUCACCUAGAAUUAGGUCAGUUCUAGCCCUGGUAUCUGUCCAUUUCAACAUUCGAUAUGGAGAAGGUAUGCUGUUUGUUGCUUUUGGCCAUUACUGGAUGUAUUUCAUCGAGUUUAAAAUACACCGACUGCAACAGUAACAAAGCAUUACUACAUGUUGAUUCUGUGAGUUUAAAUCCAUACCCACCACAAAUACCCGGCGAUCUUAGAGCUUCCGGGCAUCUUGUUCUGGGCAGAAAUAUAUCCGGUCACAUCGAGCUUCAAGUCAGCAUCCAUAAGCAUGCUAUCUUCUGGAUCCCUGUUCCUUGUGUUUCAGGCUUCGGCAGUUGUACCUAUGACUUCUGCAGUAUGCUGAAUACAGCUUUCAAUGUCAAUGGACAAAUAUCAUGCCCUCCACAAAUGGCAAAACAGAAUCUUCCAUGCACUUGCCCGAUCCAAGCAGGAACAUACACGCUGAAUCCAGACAUGUGGACAAUCCCAACAUUGCCCUCUCUUUUGUCUUGGUUGUCAUCAGGAGACUACAAAGUUGAUGCCAAAUUGGUUAACAAGGAUUCAGGGGAAACAAUCGCAUGUUACAAUACUCAGAUUACCUUCGCACACAAGUGUUCAGGAUUUGGUUGUAUUUUCGGAUAG